AGUGGAGUUCAAAGACACCGCCGGCUCGUCGUCGCUUAUUCUCGACCUCAUGCGUUGAAAUGGUGAUCUUCUCUGAGGGACUACAACCAAACGGCUCGCUCUGCCUCCUCUCCGGCUGAUUAUUAGUCGCCGUUGCGCAGUCAAUGUUAUUAAGAGUGUUUGCGCUCGCGUUAGUGCGCGUCGCUGCAGAUCAUUUCUCUCUCAGAGGACCACUCUCUCAGUCUGUUUACACUGAGGACGCCUUCAGUUGAGCCUUUAUCUCCAUAACCGACCCACAGAAGGACACUGACACCAUGUUUGAAACCAGAGGAAUCCCCUUUAUAUUGCUUGACAUUGCGUGCCUAAUACUCGCUGGCCUCCCGCUUGCAGCGUUUAACCUGGGUAAAAUCAAACCGUAUCAGCGGGGCUUUUUCUGUAAUGAUGAGAGCAUCAGCUAUCCCUUCCACUCCAGCACAGUCACCUCCACUGUGCUCUACACAAUGGGCUUCACACUUCCAAUUUGUAGUAUGAUCAUAGGGGAGUGCCUUUCAGUCUAUCUAAACUGCGUCAAAUCAAAGUCUUUCUGCAACAGUUAUGUGGCCUGUAUCUAUAAGGCCAUUGGCACCUUCUUGUUUGGUGCCGCGAUGAGCCAAUCACUCACUGACAUUGCCAAGUAUUCCAUCGGCCGGCUGAGGCCACACUUCCUGGAUGUGUGCAGACCGGACUGGAUGCAGAUCAACUGCACAGGAGGGGCUUACAUUGAGGACUUUGUCUGCACUGGGGAUUCAACCAAGGUCAAUGAGGGAAGACUCUCAUUUUACUCGGGACACUCCUCAUUUUCCAUGUACUGCAUGCUGUUCCUGGCGGUAAGUGUCUUUUAUUUAUCACUAAACACUGACAUUUCAGGCUCUGCCACUGUGACUGUAAACCUCAAUCAUAUCACCUCCUCUCACGCCCUACAGGUUUUCUGUGUGUCGGAUUUCUUCAAAAAGAAAGUCGAACCACAGAAGGAGGCAGAGAUCCCACACACCACCUUACAAGAGACACCUACGAAUGGAAAUCAUUAUGAAAACCCAAACUAAGCUAUGAUGAGCCUCUGUGGAUGGGAAGGGGUUUCAGCGUGCUCCCACUAUGAGGGCAGACCACUAGGGUGGAAACCUGUGAAUGUAACCUUGCUUUCUAUGUUCUCCAUGGACUCUGUCCCACGUUGCCUUGGCUGAACUGCUUCUGCUGCUACCACAGCUUCCUCUGUAUCUCCAAAAACUUGUGUACCUCUAUUAAGCCACAAAAGAAAAACCUUUUUUUUAUCUGUAUGAAAACAAGAAUCACUAUACAGUCUUUUUUUUUAAUUAAAAUUGUUAAAAUUAUGUACAAUGUUGCGCUUUUAUUAUGGAAACAAAAACCCAUUAUGCUCUAUGCUCAUUGACAAACACAAAUAAAAUGAUUGUUUCAUGUAAAUUCUGUCCUUCACUGUUUUCAUGCAAAAUGUAAAAAAAAAAGUAGGGAAAAAAAAAAG